GUCACUUAAUCCUUUCAAAAAUCUUUCUUAAUUUAACAAAUAAGAUUGAUUGAUAAUUGAACAGAAAUAAUCAAACGCCAGUUUCAGCGAUUCUUGCAACAUUUACCUUCUCACUUCUCGCAUGCAAAUUGAUCAAGAAAAAAUCAAUACAUCAACUGAUUGAUAACGUGACUUCGGUGAAUAUCUAUUGGAUAUUAUAGUUAUAUGCACACUUGUAUUAAAGUACAAGAGAACAGAAUAAAUUAUUACAAAUAACUUCAAAUUAUUCUAAUAUGUCAUAUUUGUUGUAACUGUUCUACAAGUGAAUAUGUCAAAAGAUCGAGCAAUUGCUAUUCCUGUGAAUCGUGAUACUAGAACAUUUGAACAGCAUCGAAAAGAUUUUUUUAAAGGUUUAGAAGAUGGGAAACAUUUCAAUUCUAUUGUACCAAAUCAUCCUGAUGAUUGGUUCAGUAAAGUAGACAAUUGGAUUAAAUCAUCUUGGAAUCGUUGGGAUGAUGAAAUGGAGAGAAUACGACGUGGAAUGUUCCAGUUAAUGCCUCUGGAUGAUUUUGAUCUGAAGAGUUGGAGUGCAUUCGAUGCCAAAUUUGAUCCGUAUACUUUGAUGAAUCAAAUGGAACAACGUAUGCAAGAAUUUCGCAGGCGAAUGGGUAUAUCUGAUCCUCCAUUUACUGAUUCAUUCAAUGAUUUCUUGAAGGAUGCCUAUGAAGUUGGUAAAGAUGGAAAGGUACAUUUUAAGGUUAGAUUUGAUGUGAAAGGUUUCUCACCAGAAGAUAUUAAUGUGAGUACAACAGACAAUCGUGUAGUUGUAAGUGCAAAGAAAAUGACACAAACUGAUACAUCAAAAAGUUCUCGUCAAUUCUGUCGCAUGAUUGAGCUUCCACAAUCAAUUGAACAAACAAAACUGGAAUGUCACUUAACAAAUGAUGGUGUUUUAAUGUUAGAAGCUCCAUUGAAAAAUGCUGAUCGCAAAUCAGUUACAUUUAACAAUCGACAUCAACUUGCCAUUCGACCAAAGUCAGAUAUUCAAAGUGGGCGCUUAACACCGACAAAAGCAUUAGUUGUGAAAGGUGUUACUGGUCCAACAAUAAUUGAUGAAGUUGGUGGGAAGGGUAAAAGACUGCAUGUUGAAAUUCCAGUUGAUCCAAUGUACAAAUCCGAUGAUUUAUGCAUCAAUGUUGACUCCAAUCGUCUAGUAGUCUCUGGUAGACAUUCAGAGAAUGGUGGUGUUCGUUGGACAAAGCAAUCACCAUGUGGUGAAUUUUCUCAUUCAUAUGAAAUUCCACAAACAGUUGAUCCAUUGUCAGUCACCUCACAAAUGGUUGGAAACACCUUGGUAAUUGAAGCUCCAUUAGUUAAAUCAUAUUAGCAUUUUCUAAAGAAAUCAGAGUUCAACUCAAUGUCUGCAUCAAAACUAUAAAAUAGUUUAUCUCAUUAUUAUGAAGGUCAUACUUCAACCUAUUUCAUUUUAAACAAAUUUGUUGUUAACUUUUUAAAGAUAAAUCACUUUUUAGUUGUUACAUUUAAUUUUGAUCAUAUCUUCAUCCAUAUAAUGAGAUUAAUGUACAUAAGAUAUACAAUUUGAUCAUAAGAUAUUUCAUAU